CCUCCUCCUCCUCCUCCCCUGCGGUCUGUCGCCCUCCCUCCUCCCCAAUUCCUCCCGAUCGCUCGUCGCUCAGUAUGUGACCGAUGGCUCUCUAUCACUAUAAUCGGAAGCAGAGACUGCUGCUGUCGUCUUUCGCCAUCCUCUUUUUUACCCUGUUCGUCUUCUGCCACUUUCGGUCCGCCCGUGACCCCGGCUCGUGGUUCUUCCAGCCCAACGAAGGCUAUCGCCCAGGAUACAGUCUCCAUCGCAUUCAAGAGUCUUCAGAAUGGCUAUCGGCCUUCAAUCACUCUGGCGCGGGCUCACACCACUCCGUGCCCGUUGUCAAUCCCCCACGGGAGAAGACCGCCUGCGUUGGCAUCGUCACCGUCAAGCGUCCACUGCAGCAGGACCUUGAUACGACCGUGGCCUCGAUUCUUGACACUCUCUCGCCAGAACAGCGAUCAGCGCUGACAGUCCAAGUGCUCUUCGCACUCAGCAACCCCUCCGAUCAUCCAGACUACAACCAAACGUGGGUGUCGAAUAUCGUGGACCAUGUCCUCACCUACGACGACGUCGACGCGCCCGGAUAUAUCAUCCGCAACCUGGAGAAGAAAAAUAAUAUCAAAAAGAAGUCUCUGAUUGAUUACCGGCUCGGACUGCAGGCAUGCUAUGACAUGACUGACGCGCCGUGGAUCAUCAUGCUGGAAGACGAUGUGGUGGCCCAGCGCAACUGGUACGAGCAUACCAUGCGCAGCGUCCAGCAGGUCGAGGACUGGCGUCGGCAAGACGCCAUCAAGGACUGGCUAUACCUCCGACUCUUCUACACGGAGAAGUUCCUCGGCUGGAAUUCGGAGCAUUGGCCCAUCUACCUGUCCUGGAGUGUGCUGAUCGUCUCACUCUGCGCCACUGCAGGCAUCUAUACCCGGCGGACCAUUCGCUCCACGCAGGGAGUCCUCACCAACUCAUUCCUGCUGGUGGUCUGCUUUGUCUGCGUGCCGCUAUUGAUCGGCCUUUUCUUCCUGGCUGGCCGAGUAACAUGGUACCCCAUGCAGGACGGGGUACAUGUGAUGAACGCGCACGGCUGCUGCUCGCAAGCACUGCUCUUCAACCGCGAGAACGUCCCGGAGCUCCUCAAGUACUUCGAGCACAUGGAGGACGUAGUCCCCACCAAGGCCGUGGACAGUGUGAUCGAGCUGCAGGCGGAGCGGUACGACCUGGACCGGCUAGCCGUCUCCCCGUCGCAAAUGCAGCACGUCGGAGCCGUCUCCUACAAGGAGAAGAAGAAAACAUGGAAAUGGGAGGGACCGUAUCGGGUCAAGGGGGCUCACGGGGUAUGGAGCAUGGGAUUUGAGCAGGCGUACGGGAUGCAAUCCGAUAGAUGGUUCGAUUUUGGGGAUCCGGCAUAGCGGGCGUUUCGCUUGACGCUGUAUGCAGCAAAGGUUCCACGCACGAAGGAUUAAUGGUGGUAAUGAAACACGUGCAUGACUUGUGAUGUUUAGGGUUUUUGUAUAUACAUGAUGUUAUUAUUCCAUUGUUUAUCAACAAUCAUCAUCAUCAUAGAGUAUCCU